AUGGGCUUGUCGGUUGCCGUGUUCCGCCACUCCUUGAUCAACUCUCCUUCAAAUCCUACAUUCCGGUUUGUGGGCAACGGCGACCUUGCCUCCGACACUCUUGGCUUCCACUUCGAACGUCUGCAGCACGAGAGUGCCACGGGUGACGUGGACGAGGCGCUCACCACAGACAACAUCCACAAGAAUCGCUUCAACAAAUACGUGCCAUUUGACCUGCCUGUGUCGAGGACCGGCCGUACAGAUUCGUAUCGUACGGCUACUGACCGCGCUGUACCGGACGAUAACCGCACGUUCAAAGGCGAUCCAAAGUCCAAGAAGAAAGCGAAGCGGGCGCUGGAGAAGUCAGAUCUGCAGGAUCUCAAACAGGAACUCGAGCUCGACGAGCACAAGAUUCCUGUAGAGGAGCUCUACCAGCGGCUACAGACCAACCCUGACACAGGCCUUAGCUCUGCUGAAGCCCGCCGCCGCUACGAGCGCGAUGGCCCUAACGCGCUCACGCCGCCCAAGAAGACGCCCGAGUGGGUGAAAUUCUGCAAAAAUCUCUUCGGAGGUUUCGCUCUGCUGCUCUGGGUCGGAGCUAUUCUUUGUUUCGUUGCGUACAGCAUAGAGAGUGCCAAUGAGGAAGAACCCAGCAACGAUAACUUGUACCUGGGUAUCGUAUUAACUGCAGUCGUGGUGAUCACUGGCAUAUUCUCGUACUAUCAAGAGGCGAAAAGCUCCAGGAUCAUGGAGUCCUUUGCCAACAUGGUGCCGCAGUACGCGCUGGUGCUGCGAAUCGCUUCAUCUAAACUUUUUAAAGUAUUAUAAAACUGAUAUUUCUCCUACGCCUAACAAAAUAUCAUG